GGUAUUUACCUUUGAAAAGUAGUGGCGGCUGCAGUCGUUGUCCAGGCCCCGUGCCUCCCCGAAGACAUGGAGUUUGUGUCUGGAUACCGAGAUGAGUUCCUUGAUUUCGCUGCUCUCCUCUUUGGCUGGUUCCGCAAGUUUGUGGCAGAACGUGGAGCUGUAGGUGCCAGCCUUGAGGGCCGCUGGCGGCAGCUGGAAGCUCAGAUCAGAAGGCUGCCCCCAGACCCUGCCCUUUGGGUGCUCCACGUCUUGCCGAACCAUAAUGUGGGCAUCAGCCUGGGGCAGGGGGCAGAGUCAGGCCCUGGGUCAGGCCUGGGGGCUGCCCGACUCCUAGGAGAGGAGCUCCCGCUCCAUCUUCGAGACCUGAGCCCCUAUGUCAGCUUUGUUAACCUGGAGGAUGGGGAGGAAGGGGAAGAGGAGGAGGAAGAUGAGAAAAACGAGGGUGAGGGUGCAGGCCCAGAGAAGGUGGAACCCGAAGAGGAUGGGGAGCCAGUCAAGACCAGCAGGGACUCCCCCAAAGAAGCAAAUCCUCCAGGAGAACCAGAGAAGGCUGAGCAGGAGGUAGGAGGCGGUGAGGAUGGCUACAGAGAGGACAGGGCUGAGAAGGAGACAGGGCCUGAGAAGAAGAAGGGAUGGAGAAAUGAGGCUGCCCCCCUGCACCUUUCCUGCCUCUUAUUGGUGACCGAUGAACAUGGCACCAUCUUGGGCAUUGAUCUACUAAUGAAUGGAGCCCAGGGGAGUACAGGCCGGGGUUCAAGAAUGGAAAACCUGGUUCCUCGGGCCUAUGCACUCCUCUGCCACAGCAUGGCCUGCCCUAUGGGAUCCGGGGAUCCCCGAAAGCCCCGACAGCUUACUGUGGGAGACACCCAGCUACACCGAGAGCUGGAGAGCCUGGUCCCAAGGCUGGGAGUAAAGUUAGCCAAAGCCCCAAUGCGGACAUGGGGUCCACGGCCAGGCUUCACCUUUGCCUCCCUUCGGGCUCGAACCUGCCAUGUUUGUCACAAACACAGCUUUGAAGUAAAACUGACACCUUGCCCCCAGUGUAGCGCCGUCUUGUACUGUGGAGAGGCUUGUCUCCUGGCCGACUGGCGGCGAUGCCCAGAUGAUGUGAGCCACCAAUUCUGGUGCCCAAGACUUGCAACCUUUAUGGAGCGGUCAGGAGAGCUGGCAACUUUGCCUUUCACCUAUACCGCAGAGGUGACCAGUGAAACUUUUAACAAGGAGGCCUUCCUGGCCUCUCGUGGCCUCACUCGUGGCUACUGGACCCAGCUCAGCAUGCUGAUUCAGGGCCCUGGCAUGCCCAGAUGCCCCAGGGGCAACACACCCUCCCUCAGCCUUCUUCUCAGUGGAGAUCCCUAUCAGCUUCUCCAGGGGGAUGGGCCUUCCUUGAUGCCUCCUGUACUUCCAGAUCCACCCAGGAGUCUCUUUGGUACAUGGCAGGAUUACUACAAGUGGCGGGGCCUCAGCUUGGAUUCCCCGAUGGCUGUGCUUCUCACCUAUCCACUGACUAUAUACUACGUCAUCACCCACCUGGUGCCCCAAUCCUUCCCUGAGCUCAACAUCCAGAACAAACAGUCUCUGAAGAUCCAUGUGGUAGAGGCUGGGAAGGAGUUUGAUCUUGUCAUGGUGUUUUGGGAGCUUUUGAUCCUGCUUCCCCAUGUGGCGCUGGAACUACAAUUUGUGGGUGAUGACCUACCCCCUGAGAGUGACCAGCAGCAUUUUACCCUGCAGAGGGAUGGUCCUGAGGUGUCUGUCCGUCCUGGUUCCGGAGUAUCAGCACGGCUCAGCUCUGGGUGUAAGGAGAAAGGGGGCCGCAGGGACCUGCAGAUCAAGGUAUCGGCUCGGCCUUACCACCUGCUUCAGGGACCCAAGCCUGACCUGGUGAUAGGAUUUAACUCCGGCUUUGGUCUCAAGGACACUUGGCUCAGCUCAUUGCCCCGGUUACAGUCCCUCCGCGUGCCUGCCUUCUUCACCGAGAGUAGCGAGUACGGGUGUGUGAUGGACGACCAGACCAUGGCAGUGGCCACAGGAGGGGGCACUAGCUCCCCACAGACCAACCCUUUCCGCUCCCCUUUUCGUCUCAGAGCCGCCGACAACCGCCUGCCCUGGUAUUGCAACGCCUUCAUCUUCCAUCUGGUGUACAAGCCUGCACAAGGGAGUGGGACCCGCCCAGCGCCUGGCCCUACAACCCCCGCUCCAACUCCAGCUGCUCCUCCUGCCCCCGCCCGAAGGCGCAGAGCAGAGAAGAAGUCUGGGCGGGGGCCCCGCCGGCGGAGAUGA